AAUUAGGAAGGUAACAAGUAGGGAAUCUGGACCGUUGAUUUAUUGUGGGGUCCACAUACAUUAGUGGUGUAGAUGUAUCCGGAUCUCGGCGCCAGGGACCUCUAAUGAUUGACGCGCCGGUUAUGUGUACAGUCAUUUAAGUUGCACUCGCGGAGAGGCUAUACAGUGGCGUUUGGGGGAGUUGGAGGAGCGUUCGUUAGGCGACGUCAUCGAUCAAUGGCGGUGGCUUCACCGAGAAUUAUUGCCCUACCUGCAUUCCUAGCUGUUCUGAUGUUCGUUAAUGAAUUUGCACUGACAGCGAGCGGCGAAGAGAGCAGGCAGUUGCGGAGUUUGAUGAACUCAACCAUGGCGGAAAGCAGAGGUGAAACAGCAAAAUUUAAUCACAGAGACACCGUGGACGAUCCGGAAGUUAUAGCUGCCGAUGUUGAUAUGAUUAUCCGUAACAGCACCGAAAGACGAAGAUUAGGAUUCUUUUCAUGCGGGGUGGGAAACCCCAUCGACGACUGCUGGAGAUGCGACCGCAACUGGAUCCGCAACCGCCGCCGCCUGGCCGACUGCUCCAUCGGCUUCGGCCGCAACGCCGUCGGCGGGCGCGACGGCCGAUACUACGUGGUCACCGAUCCCGGCGACGACGACCCCGUGAACCCCCGCCCGGGCACUCUCCGGCACGCCGUGAUCCAGGACCGCCCCCUCUGGAUCGUUUUCAAACGCGACAUGGUCAUAAUCCUAAAGCAGGAGCUCAUCAUGAACAGCUUCAAGACCAUCGACGGCCGCGGCGCCAACGUCCACAUCGCCAACGGCGCCUGCAUCACCAUCCAGUUCGUGACCAACAUAAUCAUCCACGGCCUCCACAUCCACGACUGCAAGCGCACCGGGAACGCCAUGGUCAGGAGCUCGCCUUCUCACUACGGCUGGCGGACGAUCGCCGACGGCGAUGGGAUCUCCAUCUUCGGUUCGAGCCAUAUCUGGAUCGACCACAACUCUCUGUCCAGCUGCACUGAUGGCCUCAUCGAUGCUAUCAUGGGAUCAACUGCCAUCACCAUUUCAAAUAAUUACUUCACUCAUCAUAACGAGGUUAUGCUAUUGGGGCACAGUGACACGUACGCCAGAGACAGGAUCAUGCAGGUCACCAUUGCCUACAAUCACUUCGGCGAAGGCCUGAUACAGAGAAUGCCAAGAUGCAGGCAUGGAUAUUUCCACGUGGUGAACAAUGACUACACUCACUGGGAGAUGUAUGCCAUUGGCGGCAGCGCUAAUCCCACCAUCAACAGCCAGGGUAACAGAUACCUAGCCCCGACAAACCCCUACGCCAAAGAGGUAACCAAGAGAGUAGUGAAUUCGGGCAAUGGAAGAUGGAGGCACUGGAAUUGGAGAUCCGACGGCGAUCUUAUGCUAAAUGGAGCCUACUUCACCCCAUCGGGGCGCGGCGCCGCCGCCAGCUACGCGAGAGCCUCCAGCCUGGCAGCGAAAUCAUCUUCCCUUGUGGACAUCCUGACCUCCCAAGCUGGCGCUCUAAGCUGCCGCAGAGGUGCCCAGUGCUAAAUGAAUCAAAGUACUAUACACACAAGUAAAAGUGAUAUAUAUCAUUGUUAAGGUACGUACGUACAUCCUUCGAAUUUUUGCAUUUUCUUAAAAGGAUUAUUACUUCCUACAACAAUAAAUUAUAUAUAUUACCCCUCUCUCUCUCUCUCUCUCUCUAUAUAUAUAUAUAUAUAUGUAACCCUACUAAAGAAAUGCAUAUAACAAGUCCCGUAAAAGACGGCCUGGUGGUUUGGGGAUUGGAUGUGUGACCGUGAGGUUACGGAUUCAAAUCUCUGACGCCUCAGGUCACCUGCCACACAUGGUUGGCCUAGUGCGAUUUGUGUGUCAGACCUGUAGGUAAUUAGAUUCACGUCAUAAAAUAAAAAAAAACAAAUGAAUAUGACAAAUGUACAUUUUUCUUUCCGUCACCUGCAAUCCAAAUCCCCACAUCAAUUGCUACUGUUAUUAAACAUAUAUAUAUUUCAUUUCAUCCAAUCCCAUCCCUGUAAUUAAUGCUGAUGUUCAUGCAUACAUAUACAUUGUUCAACACAGUCAAUGUAUGGGCAGGGCAGGUGUGUGGCAUACUGCAAAACUGAACUGAACAUAAGAAGAAGUUGUACCCUUUUCAAUUCUGCCCUUGCCC